GGAGAAUGGUGAAGAGAGGAUAAAAGGCUUUGGAAGGCACUGUAGAGUCCUCUGUGUCAGGGAAACUUUCUAGUCUUCUGUCUUGGUAACUGUCUGUUGUUUUUUCUAUCUUAUUAUGCCAUCACCCAUUCCUUGUAAUUGUUUUCUUCCUUUGGAGUUUUCCCCAUCUGCAGAUUUGCGACCCUGCAGCAGCCCCUUAGUUAUCCCUGGCAAUGUCAGAAAGAACUUCCUAGGGGGAACUCUCUCAGUCAGGACUUGCUGCUUGCCUCCACGCCUGUCCUGGUGCUCCAUUGACUGGGAGCAGCUCUGCCUCCUGCAGCCCCUAGGCUCUGGGGGCUUCGGUUCUGUCUACAAAGCCACCUACCAUGGUGCAACUGUGGCUGUAAAGCAGGUGAAGAAGAGCAGCAAAAACCGGCUAGCAUCGCGACAGAGCUUCUGGGGUGAGCUGAACGUAGCCCGGCUACAGCACAGUAACGUGGUGCGUGUGAUGGCUGCCAGCACGUGUGCCCCGGCCAGCCAGAACAGCUUGGGCACCAUCAUUAUGGAGUAUGUGGGCAACAUCACACUGCACCAUGUAAUUUAUGGCACUGGUGACAUGUGGGGACAGGGUGAGGACGAUGAAGGAGGAUGUGAAAGGAAGGCCCUGAGCAUGGAAGAGACUGUGUGCUACUCCUGUGAUAUUAUGACUGGCUUAGCCUUUCUGCACUCACAAGGCAUUGUGCACUUGGACCUGAAGCCUGCAAACAUCUUCAUCACUGAGCAGGGAGUGUGCAAGAUCGGGGACUUUGGGUGCUCCCAGAAACUGGAGGAGGGCUUGUCCCAGAGUCCCCAUGUCUGCCAGCAAGGGGGCACGUACACACACCGUGCCCCAGAGCUCCUCAAGGGAGAGAGGGUCACUGCCAAAGCAGACAUCUACUCAUUUGCCAUCACACUCUGGCAAAUUGUCAUGCGAGAGCAGCCUUACCUGGGUGAGCGGCAGUAUGUGCUCUACGCUGUGGUAGCCUAUAACUUACGUCCUUCACUGGCUGCUGCUGUUUUCCACGAGUCACCAGUGGGCCAGAGACUUCAGAGCAUUAUUAGCUGCUGCUGGAAGGCUAAUGUAGAGGAGCGCCUGAGUGCAGCCCAGCUGCUUCCCAGCCUCAGAGCCCUCCAGGGGAGCCUCUAG